GCUGGAUUGUCAGUUUGGGGGUUUAAUUGAUGCAAUUCCAUGGCUUGAAGUAGAUAUAUACGGCUCUGGGCACUUCUUGGGUUUCAUCAUCCUCUCGUCAGUGUGUUUUAUCUGAAACUCAAGUCAUCAUGAAGCUGUCUCUUUCGCUUGCGGCGCUCGCCGCUGGAGCUUUCCAGGUCGUGUCUGGUCAGACAGUGUACUUUGCUGGUGACUCCACCAUGGCAAAGAAUGGAGCCAACGACGGUGUAACCGACGGCUGGGGUAACUACAUCGGCAAAUACCUCACGGUCACAGCCGUCAACAAAGCCAUCGGCGGCCGCUCAGCCCGCUCCUACACCAACGAGGGCCGCUUCACCGAGAUCGUGAACCUCGUCAAGAAAGGCGACAUCGUCGUCAUUGAAUUCGGCCACAACGACGGCGGCUCUCCCGAGAAGAACGACAACAACCGUUCCGACUGUCCCGGCGCCGGCACAGAAGUCUGCAUCUCUGACAAGACGGGCGAGAAGGUGUACACAUUCGUAUUCUACGUCUCACAAGCCGCCAAAGCCCUCGUCGCCAAGGGCGCUACUGUGAUUCUCAGCUCCCAGACUCCCAACAACCAAUGGGAGACUGGAACGUUUGAGCCUGGUGCUCCUCGCUUCGUGGGAUAUGUUCCUACCGCUGCCAAGGCUUUGAACAGCCCUAGCGUUACUUACGUUGAUCACUUUGCUGCUGUUACAAAGAUGUACCAGAAGCUGGGUAAUGCAAAGGUUAACUCUUUGUAUCCUAAGGAUCACACUCAUACUAGUCCCGAGGCUGCUGACCUCAUUGCCAAGGCUUUUGUUCAGGCUAUUGAUGAGGAGUUGAAUGGAAAGACUAGCCUGAAGCCUUAUAUCAAGACUCCUGUUACCAAGGUGUACUGAGAGUUGAGUUUUUCGAGUGUCUGAAGUUGGAUGAUAUGGGAAAUUGUAUAACUUUGUAUAUAAUGGUCAUGAUCAUGAUACAUAAAGACAGCGUAUGAGAUAUUUGCUCAGUGACAUAACUCUCG